UAUACGCAAGCCUCAGGAUUUUGCUACAGUCAGGUGAUCUCGUACUGAGAUGAACACGUGGUCACACGAGGGUGUCCAGUGUUAUUGUUUGUAAAGUUCUGACAAUUUUUUUCUAUAUUUAUUGUUUAAUCCAGUGCUAGUGAUGGAGUCCAAAGAUGAGUUCGAUUUAUACGUUGGAGGAAAAUCAGGUGUCUUCAAAGGGAUCAAAUAUGAAAAGAGUCUCUGUAAAAUGAAGAAUUUGCAGAGUUUAGUUUCCAUAACUAGUGAUCAUGAGGUGACAGCAAUGGCCUGGAGUGAUGAGAAUGAAGAUGAGGUUCUCAUUGGAUAUGGAACAAAGGAGAAGAAAGGAAUAAAAAUCUACGAGUGUGGGACUUCAUCAUUCGUUUCGACAUUCACUUGCGAAGCCGGAGAGGGCCCCAUCAGGGGUAUCUCACGUCACGAUGAUGCAAUAUUAACAGCUGUGGAAUCUGGACACGUGAAGCUCUGGAGGCAUGAGGAGGAUGGUGAGCUUCUAAUCGAUGCAGGCAAAAAUCUCCACCGAAUGAGACCCUCAAACAUCGACAAAAAUAUCAUCGCCACUGGUGGUAACGAACACAAACUCCAGUUAUUCGAUUUAGAAAAGAAAACGAGGAUAUUUGAAGAAAAGAACGUACGUCAUGACUGGCUGGAGCUGAAGGUUCCCCUCUGGAUAUCUGACAUUGGGUUUUUGUCGGAGUCCUCGCAGAUUGCCACGUGCAGUAGAUAUGGACAUGUUCGAUUGUACGAUCCUAGUGCUCAAAGACGUCCAGUUAUUAAUUUAGAAGUGAAGGACCAAGCCUUAACGACUCUAGCUCUAGCUCCAAAGGAGAAACACAUCAUCGUUGGUUCUGGGAAAGGCAUGAUGAACCUCAUAGACUUCCGAAGUCCAGGAAGGGUAUUAAACACUUACAAAGACUCUGCUGGCAGUAUAACAUCGAUCGCCUGCUCGAGGAGACAUCCCUACGUGGUGAGUGUCGGCCUCGACAGGCACUUGCGUGUACACCACCUCGACACAAAGCAACUCCUGCACAAGACGUACCUGACCUCGAGGUUGAGCUGCAUGAUCAUGCGCUCAAACGCCACCCUGGAUAUAAAACGCUCCGAGAAGGAGAAAAGAGUAGAAAAGGGCGUGACUGAUGUAACUGAAGACGAUGAGGAGAAAGAAGCCAAGGUCACUAACGAAUGCGACGAGAUUUUCAACAAGAUGACGGUGAUCGAGGGGGAGGCUGACGAGGCUAUCCUUCUUGAGGAGAAAAAGAGGGCUCUGUCUUCCAGUACUAGAAGAAAUCCAGCGCACAAGAGAAAUCGAGUCAAGUGAAGAGGAAACUCGAAUGAUUUUAGGGGGUAUGAACUUCAGAUUUGAAAAUUUAUGGAACUAUUUUUACAUAUUCUUCUCAUCGUUGGACUAAUGGAGGAUGGAAAGGGAUUCUCGAUUUUUGCAUUAAUAAAUUUAUAUAUUUGUAUUGCAAAUGAGAAUAAAGGUCUUAUUGACGUUUUGAUUUUU